CCGCAACCUGUAUCCCCUUGACUCACUGUCCGACAAACACUAAGCGCCACGGAUUUUAACGCAGAUUGAAAGUCACAAUCAUGCACCAUGGCUCCGGACAGUCGACCCUCCCACUGGGACGAGCUCCCAGAUGAGAUCCUGCUCCAAAUCAUCAGUUAUCUUGAACCAUACCAUGUAACCCGGUUACAGCUAGUCUCUAAGAGACUACAGAAGUUCUGCCUCGACGACGACAUGUGGAAGCGGAAUUGUUUCCAAGACUCCUCAUGGUACAGAAGUUUAAACCUAAGAAGGAAGCAAGCAGAAAUAAUGGAGGAAAGAUUGAGAAAGGCAGCACCCCUCGGUUCAUUAGACGAUGCUGCGGCCGAGCCGGACUCGUCAGCAGAUGAUUUUGACGAAGUUCGGCGACGAAGAUGGCAGCGUAUCCAAGAUACUGCGAAUUGGGAUCCAGUAUUCCCAGACGAACGAGUAUCCUGGUAUGAUGAAUAUAUCCAGAGAAAUGGACCUGCUUCUAUUAACUGGUUCCAAAUGCCUCAUAUUCGAGAUCGGGAGAUGGAGGCCAUAAUCGAGGCACGCGGAAUGGCGUUGUUCAACCCAUACGACGGGAAUGACGGCGCUGACACAAUGUUGGCAGUCUCCCCCUUGGAUGAUGGUUCUAUAUGCCUUUGGGAUAUACGAGGCACAAGAGGAAAGCAAGGAGGCAUCUUGGCAAGAAGCAAACCUGACAUCCUCUUCAUUGACGGACCAAGCGAGCAAAACAGUCGCAGAUCCAAGCGGAUUGAUGCUGGCGUCACUGAAUGUGUCAGUGUCAGCCAGCAAAGCAAUCGAGCUUUCUUCGCAGUACAGAGUCAUCUUAUAGAAGUCGAUCUGAAUAGACUUGAAGUGGUCGCCCGCGAAUCAUUCGAAUGGUCAAUCACAACGCUGUCUCAAAUUCAUGAAGGGCUGCCCCUCACUGUCGGAACAUCGCUCGGUAUCCAUCUUCAUGACUUUCGGAUGCGUUCCAAUAUUAUCAAGGACGCUUCAGAGAAGGUUGAACCGGAGGAACAGAAUCUUUUCAAAUCCAUUUUCGACCCGACGCCGCUACCUCCUUACGCUUCCCUUUCUCAACCAACCCCAUUGAGCAUUUUACAUCUUCCCCGUCCCGGAAUGCAUAACGGAGUAUCGGAUGAUAUUUACGUCUCUGGUCGCUUCACCAACAUCUUACAUUAUGAUAGACGGAAAUUUCCAGCUAUCAUGGGCUCUAUAUACUCUGGUGCUCAAGUGAUACCCAGUCUGACAGCGUUGCCUUUUCCAUUUUCAUCGUUGGACAGUCAACUGAGACAGCAAGGUGAGCUGUCGGUCGAGCAGAUCCAGCAAUCAAAACAAGGGACAGAGGGCUGCACUUUGAUUGCUGCAGGUUCCUAUAAAAACAAAGGAUCGCUCGAGAUUUACGGUCUCAGUUUUCCAUCUGACGUAUACAGCCACUCAUUGCUUCAAAACUCAGUGACGAAGAACCGUUAUACGGCCGCGUCGUCAUCCAUAUUAUCAGUCACUACUCAUGGCACCAAAAUUGUCUUUUCAGAUGGAUCAGGUCUUCUAAAAUGGUUUGAAAGAGAUGGCGUAACGGAGAUAUGUGCUCAUAGAGUCGGGUCUUGUUUUAAGGAAGACAAGUCUCUCUUUGUUGGGCCGCAUGGCGUCGGUGACUUGGCGCGAAAGAUUGUAUCGACGAAAUCAACGAGUAAUAAUCGUCCCAACAGUGAUAAUGUGGUAUUCUGGACCGGUGAGAGGGUCGGCAUGCUUUCAUUUACAUCAAAGCCGCUUUUCAAGGGCAGCGACUUCAGUGAGAUGGAGCCUGAUGAAGUAGAAGAGGAGCGCAAGCGCGAAGAAUAUUCAGAUCAGAUGAGAGAAGCUCUACAAAAGCAGGCGGAUGAAAUUAAGUUGAUGGGAGCAUUUGGGCAUGCCGCAACAGGCUCAUAAUAGUGUUAUGCUGAUGAGAUCAGCUUCACAAAAAGAAUAUCUAUGUCUCCCAGAAGGCUUCGAGGCUUCAUUUUUCAAAUACCACGGCCUCUCAAUAUAGUGAUAUACGACGUACUACACAUUUGUGGCGUUUUGAACUAGGUCUGACGCUGUCCUACUUGUGACCUGACAUUCAUUUGACGCUGUCCCGAGUCGAGCCCAGUCUCGGGCGCCAGCUGGCACCCGCCAUUUUGCCAGCUGUCGGCCUUUGUUUAUUUAUUUCGCGUAAGCCCCCGAUCGUAUUAAUCUCUUCCAUUUUGGAUAGUACGAAAAUUGCAACGAGUCGAGCUAUUGUUUUUGUGUGUUUGUCUCGAUCGGUCUGAUCAGACUAGGAACACAUCCUUGAUCUAGUUCCAAACAAUUCAACAUGCUUCCUACCAACACUGAAUCUGAUUGGGAGACUCUAGCACCCGAUGAUGAGCUGAUGGAGUUAAGCGCGG